CUAUGAGCUCCAAGGAAGAUCCAUCAUUUCAUUACCAUCAAAAAAAGACACCGUUACCAGCAGUACCCUGAAACGCACCUAACCAAAGGCUGGCGUCAAGAUUAUGCUAAUCAACGCCGGUCUUUUGUUGCCUGGUGACAAAGUCUCACAGUUGAGGAGGAAGAACCAGGACAACAGGAAUCUAUCUUCUGGCAGUUUCGUGUGAUAUUUCCUCUAACUGAACACCAGUCAACCAGAACAACAUACUUCAAACACGCUCCUCUACUAAAAGAACAUGGCCAAGGGCGCGAAAGGCCCCAAGGGCAAGAAGAUCACCCUCGCUGUGGCCAAGAAUUGCAUCAAGAUCACAUUUGAUGGAAAGAAACGCCUUGACUUGAGCAAGAUGGGAAUUACCACCUUUCCCAAGUGUAUUUUGCGACUCACUGAUGUGGAUGAGCUCGACCUUAGCCGGAAUUUGAUCAAGAAGAUUCCCGAUGCCAUCUCCAAGUUCCAGAACCUGCGGUGGCUGGACUUGCACAGCAACUACAUUGACAAGCUCCCCGAGACCAUCGGCCAGAUGACUUCUCUGCUCUUCCUCAACGUCAGCAACAACAGGCUGACCACCAACGGGCUGCCCGUAGAGCUCAAUCAACUCAAGAAUAUCCGCACUGUGAAUUUAGGCCUGAACCAUCUGGACAGCGUGCCCACCACACUGGGUGCUCUGAAGGAGCUCCAUGAGGUGGGGCUCCAUGACAACCUGCUGAGCAACAUUCCCAACAGCAUCUCCAAGCUCCCCAAGCUGAAAAAGCUCAACACAAAGCGAAAUCCCUUUCCCAAGGCAGAGGCAUCGGAUAUGUUCAUGGAUUCCAUCAGGAGGCUGGACAACCUACAUCUGGUGGAAGAGAAGGAUCUGUGUGGGACUUGCCUGAAAAAAUGCCAACAGGCCCGGGACAAGCUGAACAAAAUCAAGAGCAUGGCCACGGCGACACCAAGAAAGGCCAUCUUUUCCACUUUGGUCUCACCCAACUCCAUGGCCAAGGAAUCCCAGGAAGAUUGGAGGAUGCGCUCAACAUCACCCUAGAGUAGCUUAUGGCAAAAACUUGAAGACUAAUCAUCUAACAAGAGUAAACAGCUCUGAAGAAGAAAGCCCUCAGUUAGGAGAAGAGAGAGAGUGGCAAGGGGAACAUUCCGG